AUGCCGAAAGUCAUCAUUCCUGAUAGUCAGAGGUGCGAUGAACAAAAGCCAAAUUGUCAAAAGUGCAAAUACAAGGGCAUAGAAUGUUCCUAUUUACCGGAGAAUGAAGUUGUUCGUCAAAAGAGCACCGAGAGUCCAUUUGGACCUGAUGAUCCAACGGCCAUAAUAUUCACCCUUUCACUUAACGACCUUACGAAUAAAAUCGAAACAGUGCUGGGUUUUGAUUCGAAUCAGAUACCGAAUUUCUUGAUAGGCAAGAACUCGGGCCAUGCUUUACCCACGGUGGCCUUUCAGCAUUUCAUGAACAGCACGGUUGGCACCAUUGCUAGCCCCGCAAUACGCAAGGUAAUGGGAUCCGAUAUGAUACCAGUCUCAUUUGCUAAUCCCCAUUUAAUGUAUACUGUUCUCGCGGUCGGCAUCCUCCAUCUCAACCGCAUAUCACCCAACAAAGAGAGGUCGUUUGCCGAGGCAUACUUCUGGCAACAAGCCCUCCGACAGUACCAAACGGCACUUUAUUCAUCAGUACGACCAGAUAACGUGGACGCCCUCCUAUCUUCCUGCAUGAUGAUGGGUGUAAUGACAAUCUGCCCCGAGAAUUUCAGCCCCACAGACUCGUGGGUUCUCACAAACAGGCCGGAGGCGAUGAACUGGCUUUGUCUACAAAGUGGCCUUCGAACAAUCAUAGCCCUCGCCGCACCUUACAUCCCAGACAGCAUCUGGGCCGUAUCCUUCGACGCGAUCGUGAAAGAAGAAGGUACAAUCUUCGAUAAAAAGCCACAAACAGGACGAGAGGGACUGGACCCGGAUCUAGCCGAUCUCUGUCAAAUCGAUGAGUAUACCACGGAGAACAAUAGCAUAUAUUACGACCCCCUUAGAAUUCUCUCCGCUCUCCUGAAACUUGAAAGAAACAGGCCUAACUCCGCUCACGUUUCUUCCUUCAUGGGCCGGCUAGAAUGUGACUUUCUCGCGCUCUGCAGGAAGAGAGAUGUCCCGGCCCUGGCCAUGCUGGUGCAGUGGAUGGGACUCAUGUGUGCCGCGGCAGAAUGGCAACCGUGGGUAGAAGGGAGAAUCAGGUCGGAAUGUAUUGCUAUUUGCAUGUUUCUAGAACACAGUACCGACCCUUUGGUAUUGCGCUUGCUGAGGUUUCCAGCCGAAGCGAGUGGGUAUGAAUUGAAAGUGCCGCUAAACGGCUAG